AUGUCAUAUAAAUUUCUUUUAAUCACAUAUGUGUUUCUUUGUAGCUGUAUCCCAGGUAUAACUGCAGGAAAAAGAGAGUUUGGUGGUGAUGUAUCGCAAUUAUGGAAUGAAUUACGUGAACUUAAGGCUGUUCUUUCUGAAACCAGACUGGACCUACACAAUACUAGAACAGAGCUUGGUGUAACUAAAGAUGUUUUGGGAAAGGAGCUUGAAAAAACGAAGCAGGCUCUAGUGGAUACACGACAGGACCUUGCAGAUACAAGAAGAGAACUGGACGAGACAAAGAAAUGGAUAAACGUUAAUAACGGACAAUAUAACGUUAUACAUACAACAAACGACCGCAAGAGAUUAAUUGAUUCUACGGAUGAACUGCACCAAGUUCAAGUUGACCUGCAGAAUCUAAAAGCCAACCUGGCAGCUGUCAAAUUACAAGUCAAAACAAGUCAAAUACCUAGAAUAGGAUUCACGGCAGUGUUAAGCAAAGACGUUUCCAAUCUUGGUGAUAAUCAGGUGAUCCGAUUUGAUACAGUGUAUACGAAUUACGGGAGCGACUACAACCACCAAACAGGUAUAUUCACAUGUGCGAUUCCAGGGUUAUACGCUUUUUAUGUCCAUACUUUGGCCAACCCUGGAAAACACCUGGAAACAGAAAUAACUAAAAAUCUUCAACCCAUGGCAUCCACGUAUGCAUACGAUAAAGAUUUUUAUUCCUCCGGAAGUAAUAUGGCUGUCAUGGCCCUACAGAUAGGUGAUACUGUAUUAGUAAGAUCGCAUGGCAGUGAACAUGAUCAUGCUGGAUCAGUGAUUGACUAUAUGUAUACAUCCUUCUCUGGGUUUCUCAUUGCUUCUUAGA